UGAGGACGUGUCUCCGGACACGGCAGAGGGCCUACGGACGGAGUAGGCGAGGAGGCGAGAUGGACGCAUGGCGUUGUCCGGAUAUUAGGAGUGCUGAGUUUAGGUGCUUCACGGGAAGGGUCUUUGCUUCGGAGAGGUCAAGGGUUUUUUGAACGGAAUUUUAUUUGUCAUACCUUGUGAGAGAUGUUGAUUUUUUUUUAUUUUCGAUAAAACAAAAUGUUUGAUUUGGUAUCGUGUCAUAAGUACACGCUUGGUUUGUGUUUGGUGGGUGAUGCACUAUAUAAAAAAAAAAAAAUUUUGAGGGUUGGUUACGGGAUGUUUCAGUUGGUAUCAGAGCCACACUCCUAAGGGACAUCAUGCGUCAGCCAUCUCGUCAGGAACUCGACUACUUCAGUCAACAAGUUAUGGCUGGGAGAAGGAACAACAAUAACGGAGAGAUGGGUGGUCAGAACAACCAGUUCCUAGAAGGACUUACAGCACUCCUACAUGAGCAGAACCGUAUUCAUGGGGAACAAAUUCAACAAAUACUGCAGGCUAGGGAGCAGGGGAGCACACCCAGACGUUCAGCACCUAGCACGCAACCGGUCUACAAGCAGUUUCGGGAGCUUGGACCGACGGAGUUUAAAGGCACCACGGAUCCGAUCGCUGCAGAGGGAUGGAUUCGGUCUCUAGAGACGAUAUUUGACUUCAUGCAGCUCAUAGAUGCGGACAAAGUCAGGUGUGCGAUAUUCAUGCUCCGGGAUGAUUCUCGAGUAUGGUGGGAGGGUGCGCGACUGACCGACUUGGACUGA